AUGGCUUCUACGGCGAUCAAUCAAUCUUUAUAUAAUUUUUCCGAAGAAGAACGAAUGAUAAAAGAAACAGUUUCUCGAUUUGCCAAAGAACAUGUUGAACCUUAUGUUCGUGAAAUGGAAGAAGCAGGUGGAUACAAACCUGAAUUAAUACAGGCUAUUUUUGACCAAGGCUGGUUUGGCAUUGAAAUUCCUACGGAACACGGAGGCAGUGGUUUCAAUCUUUUUUCAUCUAUAUUGGCGAUUGAGGAAGCUUCAAAAAUAGAUAGUGCUUUUGGGGGUUUUAUCGAUUUGCAAAAUACAGUUGUGAAUCCUUUUUUCAUUCAACUUGCUAAUGAUGAACAAAAAGCCACUUAUUUACCUCGCUUAGCAAAAAAUAUGGUUGGUAGUUUUUGUUUAACAGAACCGACAUCUGGAAGUGAUGCAUUUGCUUUAAAAACAACAGCAAAAAAACAAGGUGAUUACUAUAUAUUAAAUGGAACAAAAAUGUGGAUAUCCAAUGCAGAAAUUAGUGGAGUAUAUCUUGUUAUGGCAACUUCAAAUACACAAGCCAAACAUAAAGGCAUUUCAACAUUUAUUGUUGAUCGUGGUACAGAAGGUUUACGUAUUGGAAAACGAGAAAAAAAACUUGGCUUAAAAGCAUCGUCGACAUGCAUGGUUCAUUUUGAUGAUUGUAAAAUUCCAGCUAAAAAUCUUCUUGGUAAAGAAGGCGAAGGUUAUAAAUAUGCUAUAUCAAUGCUUAAUGAAGGUCGUAUUGGUAUUGGUGCUCAAAUGCUCGGUAUUUGUCAAGGUACAUUUGAUAAAACAAUACCAUAUACCAAAGAGCGUAAACAAUUUGGUCAACGUAUAUUUGAUUUUCAAGGUAUGCAACAUCAAAUAGCCUCGUUAGCUACAGAAAUUGAAGCAGCUCGUCUUUUAACAUAUAAUGCUGCUCGUUUACGUGAUGCUAAAUUACCAUUUGUAAAAGAAGCAGCAAUGGCUAAACUUUAUGCAUCAGAGUUAGCAGGUAGAGUAACCAGUAAAUGCAUUGAUUUUAUGGGUGGUCUUGGAUUUUCAUGUGAUUAUCCACAAGAAAAAUUUUUCCGUGAUUGUAAAGUUGGAACUAUUUAUGAAGGAACAAGUAAUAUGCAAUUAAAUACGAUUGCCAAGUUUAUUGACAGUGAAUACUAA